AUCAGACUUCCUAGUGCAUUCUGCUUUGAAAUGUUUGAGUGUAAGAUAGUAUCCCACAGUACCUGUGUCACAAAUAAGUUUGGGGAGUUCCAGAUAAAGGGAGCAGCGAAAUAAGGUGGCUAAGUUUUAAAAAUGUGACAGCUUGAACAAUUAUACCAAACACUGUGAAUAAAGCUGGUACCCUCUGAAAGGAAACCUGCCCACGGCUGAUGGGAUUGUUUGCUCCAGGCUCUGCUCCAUGCAGUAUGGAUGCACACUGCAGCAGAUUUGUGUCCCGUGCAGAACAAUCUUCCAGAAGUAUCCCUGUGUGCAUGUGUCCUCAAAUAACUCCCAGAAAGUGAAAGUAUAUUCCUGAAAGUGAAAAUCAGAAGAAGUAGCUGCUGAGAUAUAGAGAAGUAUAUUAAGGAUCGUUUGUUGGGGAAACUUUUUAAGAUGUGGUGAAGAGCCUAUAUUUUCACCCGUGCGGUAUAUAGUGCCUUAAAAAUGGGGUUUGGAAGUGACCUGAAGUAUUCUCAUGAUGCUUUAUUAAAACUGCAAGACUGGGAACUACGACUGCUGGAAACGGUGAAGAAAUUUAUGGUCAUGCGUGUAAAAAGUGAUAAAGAGUAUGCCUCCACUUUACAGAAUCUUUGUAAUCAAGUAGAUAAAGAAAGCACUUGCCAAUUGGAUUAUAUCAGCAACGUGUCCAAGUCUUGGUUGCUUGUUGUACAACAAACAGAACAGCUGAGCAAAAUAAUGAAGACACAUGCAGAGGAUCUUAAUUCUGGGCCUUUGCAUAGGCUUACAAUGAUGAUCAAAGAUAAGCAGCAAGUGAAGAAGAGUUACCUAGGUGUUCAUCAACAAAUUGAAGCAGAGAUGUACAAGGUCACAAAGACAGAACUAGAGAAACUAAAAUCUAGCUAUAGACAACUAAUAAAAGAAGUAAAUUCUGCCAAAGAAAAGUAUAAAGAAGCUGUGGCUAAAGGAAAGGAGACUGAGAAAGCCAAAGAUCGGUGUGAUAAAGCCACUAUGAAGCUUCAUAUGUUGCAUAAUCAAUAUGUGUUGGCACUGAAAGGAGCACAGUUACAUCAGCACCAAUAUUAUGAUACUACGCUUCCUCUGUUACUUGAUUCACUACAGAAAAUGCAAGAAGAAAUGAUUAAAGCCCUAAAAGGAAUCUUGGAUGAGUAUAGCCAGAUCACCAGUCUUGUUACGGAAGAGAUUGUGAAUGUCCAUAAAGAGAUCCAGACCUCGGUUGAACAGAUAGACCCCAAUUCUGAGUAUAAUGACUUCGUAGAUACUCAUAGGUCAUCAGAAGUUGUUGAACAAGAAAUAGAGUUUGAUACAUCUUUAUUAGAAGAAAAUGAAAACCUUCAGGCUAAUGAGAUCAUGUGGAAUAAUCUAACAGCAGAAAGUUUACAAGUCACGUUAAAAACAGUAAUAGAAGAACUGAUGCAAACACAGCAAACGCUUUUGAGCAAAGAGGAACUUGUGUUGGAACUAGAGAAAAAAAUAGAAGAGUCCUCUAAGACUUGUGAAAAGAAGUCAGAUAUUGUUCUUUUGUUGAGCCAAAAGCAAGCACUGGAAGAACUUAAGCAAACAGUUCAGCAAUUAAGAUGCUCUGAGGCAAAAUUUGCAGCCCAGAAAGAACUACUGGAACAAAAGGUUCAAGAGAAUGAUGGGAAAGAACCACCACCUGUAGUGAAUUAUGAAGAAGAUGCCAGAUCAGUCACUUCUAUGGACAAGAAAGACAAAGUCUCAAGAUUUGACACUAUACGUCAUUCCAUAGCUGGAAUUAUAAGGUCUCCAAAAUCCAUGCUGGGCUCAUCGUCAUUCUUUGAUGUAAUAUCAACCACUGAGAAACCAUUGGCAGAGCAAGACUGGUAUCAUGGUGCAAUUCCAAGAAUAGAAGCCCAGGAGCUGUUAAAACAGCAAGGAGACUUCUUGGUGCGAGAGAGCAACGGGAAACCUGGUGAAUAUGUCCUUUCUGUGUUUUCAGAUGGACAACGGAGACACUUUAUCAUACAAUAUGCUGAUAAUCAGUAUCGUUUUGAAGGAACUGGGUUUCCAACUAUUCCUCAACUCAUAGAACAUCAUUAUACAACAAAGCAAGUUAUUACAAAGAAAUCAGGUGUUGUUCUGCUGAAUCCUGUUGUUAAGGAUAAGAAAUGGGUUCUCAAUCAUGAAGAUGUCACAUUGGGAGAAUUACUGGGCAAAGGUAAUUUUGGUGAGGUAUAUAAGGGAACGUUAAAGGAUAAAACUCCUGUUGCUGUAAAAACUUGUAAAGAAGAUCUUCCUCAGGAACUGAAAAUAAAAUUUCUGUCAGAAGCCAGAAUACUCAAACAGUAUGAUCAUCCUAAUAUUGUAAAACUUAUAGGAGUUUGCACACAACGACAACCUAUUUAUAUUGUUAUGGAACUUGUUCCAGGAGGUGAUUUCCUGUCCUUUUUAAGAAAAAAGAAGGAUGAACUGAAGACGAAACAGUUAGUGAAAUUUUCAUUAGAUGCUGCUUCUGGUAUGGCAUAUCUCGAAUCUAAAAAUUGUAUACACAGAGACCUGGCUGCAAGGAACUGCUUGGUAGGUGAAAACAACAUAUUGAAAAUAAGCGAUUUUGGAAUGUCUCGUCAAGAAGAUGAUGGAGUAUAUUCAUCAUCAGGCUUAAAGCAGAUUCCCAUCAAGUGGACUGCCCCAGAAGCCCUCAACUACGGGAGAUAUACAUCUGAGAGUGAUGUAUGGAGCUUUGGAAUCCUCCUGUGGGAGACCUUCAGUUUAGGAGUAUGCCCAUACCCUGGAAUGACCAAUCAACAAGCACGAGAACAAGUCGAGAAAGGUUACCGAAUGUCAACUCCGCAAAAAUGUCCAGAAGAAAUAUAUAAAAUAAUGCAGAGGUGCUGGGACUACAAACCAGAAAACCGUCCAAAAUUCAGUGAGAUUCAGAAAGAACUAUCUUCAAUCAAAAAGAAAGUGACAUAGUGAUGUACUGGUGCCAAACUCAAUGUGUGGGACUUUAUUUUCCAGCAAAGUAUUUUUUCCCCUCAAACACUAUGCGUUUAUACAACAUUAUUUGCAAUAUUCUUCUAGGAUUACUUUGAAAUUAACUGUUUUUUUUAUAUACAUGUGUGCCAUCUUGAACGAUGUCUACACCUGCAUUAAAGACGUAUACUGCCAAAUGCUAUAUAUCCAGUCACAGUAAUAUUGUCAUUUAGGUUACAUGUAAAUAGGAAAGCACAUACUAUAGAUUUAAGGGACUGUGGCUUUUAUGUGUUUUACAGCAAGUAACUGCUAGUGACAUUUUUCACAGUUUUUCUACUUAACGCUGUGUUCUCACUCUGCUAUCCCUGUCACAGAUGUCAACACCAGCGGCACUCUAACAUGGUGACUGUGUCAUGCAUGUUGGCCUUAAAAUUGAAGACAGUUGUGACAAGUAUUUCAACGAGAAACUUUUAUAUUUUUCAAAUUCUUUCUGCAAUUGAUAUUUUUUAAAUGACAGUUUGUUUCAACAAUAAAGGUCAGUUAGGUUCUGGAUAUAAGUCUGCUUACUAAACAGUGAAAUCCAGAAUUUUCUUUUGUAGAAAAUUAUUACCUGUCCAUUUUUUACUAUGCUAUAAUACAUAUUUCUGACUUCUGAUGUGAUUUGCUUAUGCUACCCCUUUACUUCCUAAGAAGUCAUCAGAAUUCAGUAAUAUGUCUCCUUUACAAUUGCUUAUGUUUAAGAAACAACAACAAAAAAAUCAAGUCUUUAGUACAUGAAGGACUUAAGUUAAGAAAUUUCUUAAGUUAAGAAAUACUGCAAAUCACCUGUCUUUCAAAGAAUAUGUAAAAACAGUAGGCCAACAGAAAGAGGUUUGCUAAUGAUAGCAGCAUGUAUUAGGUGACCAAUAAUAGUAUUGUUCUUAGAGGAGUUAAAGAAUGUGAAUUGCUAGAUUUGCUUUUGAUCCUGAUUUUUUUCAUUAAAUUGGUAAUAAUUCUCAGUAUGCAGCUAGAGCUUAAGGCUUUGCUAAGCAAAAGUACAUUCCAUGCAUGGUGUACAAAGGAAAACACUAUGUCUGUAUAGCAUUAGGAGUCAUUCAAGAAAUCAAAAGAAGGAAGUAUAUUUUAAGCCUCUGGCAGGCUGAACAAAGAAGAGAAAUACUAACCUUCAAGAGAUUUCAAAAGAUGGGGAUAGGCAACUUGUAAAUGCCACCAGGAAUAAAAAAUAAAUAAAAGAAUAAAAAUAAAAUAAAAAAUAAAAAAAAAUGUUAAAAAAUAAAUAAAAUUAAAAAAAAUGGUUCCUCAUUGUAAGACAGUAGAUGGGGGAAAGAGGAAAGGUACAGCUUAUUGCUCUGGCUUUGUGUCCUUUUUCUAGCUUGGAUUAUUUUCUAGGGCCCUAUGUAGAAAUAGGAACAAGUUACAGAACCCUGGUCUGAGUUCCAGAUUUAAGGUGCUUAAAAUUUCUUUAUGAAUUACCUAAAACUUACCAGAUCAAGAGAUGUCCAUUAUUGCUAAUGCAAGUAAGAAACAGAGACUGAAAAUAACCCAGCAUCUGGAAUGUCUAUUACCCCUGUACUUGACUGUUACCAUGGGAUUGAGAUGUAGUGAAGUCUGGCUACAUUACACUUUUAUUUCUAUUAAGUUGACUUUUCUAUGGUCCACAGCAUUUUUGCUCUUUAAAGUGUGUUUGUGGUAGUACUGAGUGAUAAUUUUUAAGGGCUAUGCAUGACCAAAAUAUGUGUAGUCUAGAAGAGUUUGUCUGUUACAUUGGAGUUAGUGUCCAAAUAAAACAAAGAAUGAGCAUGCUGUAGCAUCUCACCUGCAUUUGAGGUGGAACUGUCAGCAACCAAAUAUAAGGAAUGGUGAAUGCUUGGAUUUCUGAAGGGAUUUUUUUCUUGGAGCUAGCAAAGCAAAUAUAUACCCAGGAAGAUAUAGUACUUGAAAAACUUGAUGGCCUCAGUGUAAACCUCCUUGCCAGCAUACUGGACAUAUUUUCUUAGUACUACAUUUCCAAGUAGCCCAAAGAUAUUUUCAAGAGCAGUGGGAAGCAUUCUUGUUAGUUUGUAUGCUUUUAAGUAUUACAUAAAGUUUGUGCCUUAAUUUGCUAGUAUGCUAGUGCAAAUGUAAGUGCACUAAGAUUUAAGAACUGCACCACAAAAGUACAGAAAAAUCCCUGUCCCAACCCCAUGAUUAAUUCAACUGCAGGACAUUAUGCAUGCAUCACUAAAGUCUGCAAGUAAGGAUAAUGGUGUCUUCUCUGUCAACAUUCAUUGCUUCUCUGGAGAGUUGAUAUUCUUCUUCUAUGAAGAGAAUUAUUUCUUUGCUAUAUAAUCUUCCCAGGAAAAAAAAAAGUAUUUCUUAAAUAAAAUACUUUUUUAUUUGUCUUAAAUUAGCUGGUGACCAUCCUAACUAUCACAUACAGAUGAGAAAUACAUUCAUAUUUUGUUCAGAAAUGGUUAACAUUUGUAAUUCAUAUCACACUUCCAUUUAAAUUUAAAGUCUUUUUAAAACAUGGGGUUUAUAUAGCAGCAAGAAGAUGUAUUAUUACUGCUGAAGUAAGCAUCAGUUCAGUUAAAAAAUAAUCACUCUUUGGGAGAAUACCAGAAAGAGGUUAAAGGUAUAAAAUAAAUUUAAACACAUUAUGUGUUCUGGUUUUUGUUUCUUUUUUUUUUUUUCUUUUUCCUUGUAAUUAAUUUGGCAGUGUUUGUGGCAGAAUUUGUUCAUCAUGUCUCACUUAUAAUUUUUGCGAUUAUAUACUUUAGGAAGUGAAAUCCGUAACUGUGGAAAAUUUUUCAAGUUUCUGCAAACUUCUUGCAGGGCAAUUUCCAAACUAUGAUAUUUAAGACAGAUAUGGUAUUUAGGAACCAAAGCUGCCAUAUGUGCUUUCUGUGAACUUUUGAUGACCGAAGUCUUGCAUUAUUCAGAGUUUACCAAGGUACUGAUCAUUUAGCUUGUGUGCUUGGUUUGCUCUAGAGCGUGUACAAAAAACAGGUUAGUCUGUUUUGGAAGCAUAGUAUUUCAAGUAGGUUCUUACACCUGCACUUAGUCCCAACCAGGCAGAGUCUGAGGGAGCUCUGAACAGUGUGCGCUGCUUAAUGGGAGGGACUCCAAAUACUGCUAAGGGUCUGCUACACAAGAUGGAACUCAACAGGUUAUCUGUUAUUUUCAUCUGUUUUUCUGAGGAAUUGCAUUAAUUUUUUGUUUGUUUUGUUUUGUUUUUUAUUGUUCUGAAGACAUGCUUAUUUUAAGUAGUUUUCAGCAGAAAUUGAGCCCAGACGUAAGCUUCAGAGUUCAGUCAUCAGUGAAAUCAUGAGGAUUCCUAAGCAUUUCAAUUCUAUGGGAAGUAAAAUAUUGAAAAGCAUCGUGUCUGAAAACAAACUUUACUUCAGCAGAGGUAUGAUCUUUCAAAAUCAGCACUCCACCAAGAUGUUCUCCUUGAAGUGUACGGUUUCUUUAGUUUCUAACAAAAGCAAUGAAGUAGUUUUUUAUUUAACAUCUAAAGUUAUGUUGCAUUUCUUCCUCUCAACUUCAGCAAAGAUCUGCCAUUUUAUUGAGUUACUUAAUAUUUUAAAGUCGGUUUUGGAAAGCAUAUCACCAGAAGGCUGUCAGUAAGAAGUGCAGUUUGAAAAGUAAGUCUUAUCCUAUUUAUGUGAGUGAAAUAGAAAACUAGUUGAGGAAAUAAUAGAUUGUUUUUUAAUACAUAUUUUUAAUCACCUGCUGUACUUACUCACAUCCUAGGAGCACAUCAGUAAAGAUUCCUAUGAAGUUAUAUAUUUGUUAUCUGUUACAGCUAUUUUAACCAUUUUGUUAUGCCUUUUGCACCCGUUGCAAAGAUACUAACAACAACAAAAAGCAUACCAAAACAACAAGACAAAAAAAAAAAAACACUUCUUCUGACGUUACACAGAGUAACCAAAGCUCAGAAGCAUUUGAAAAUGUCUCCUCCCUCCCCAGCUUUUCCCAGAUGUGAGGCUGCAUGGAUAGUAACAACAGUGAUUAACUGGUAGGCCAGUUUCCAUUAUUCUAACUGUCAUGUCCUCUAAAUGGCAGUUCUGCUGAUGCACUUUCAACCGUGAACUAUUUGAAGAGACGAGUUAGUGUGUGAAUAGUCAUCACAUAUGAUAUUUGAGAGCAGUAGUUCUGAAAAUGGCUGGUUGUCACAAGUAGUGAUAACUCAUUUUAAAGAUGGAAUAAAAAGAAAGAGGCUAAUUGGGAACAUACACUUUUUGUAACAGCUGUCCUGUUUGUAGGUGACAGAAAUGUUUGGUAUGCCUGUGCAUUUGUAACAUUUUUAUGACUAAGCAUAAAGUAGUUUACUAUUAAAAUAAGAGUUCACCAAUUAUUUUCUUUUUCCUAAAGCAAAAAAGGACGUGUGAUAUUUGUUGGAGGCAUUCUUGCUAGGCAAGGUAGGAUAAUGUGGAGGGAAGAAUACAGAGGGAGGAAUACCUCUUCUACCAAACAAGGUACUUUUUGUCUUCUCAGAAUUAUCAGGAAUAAAAAAAUAAUAAUUAGUAAUUAGAAGGUCCAAGGGAUGUUCAGUAUUCCUGAAGUUCCAAACAACCUGGUAAAUCUGGAACGUCAGCUCUAUUAAAAGAGUUCUCUUCUAUUUUCCUUCUGCAGAAAUUACUACAAAAAAUUGAGUUCUUGAACAUUCAGCAGUAACAGUGUAUAAGGAAAAAUGCAUCAACCUCAAAACCUAUCCACUUUACAUAGAAAUAGCAUCAGUAAGGAAUAUUAUUUGUAGUCUUAUACUAGAAUUCUCCCAGGAUAAUGUUCCCUCCUCAAAGGCUACAAAAUAAAAAAUAAAAAGCUUAAAAAUCAGAAAGUUUCCAGCUGAAAACACAAGAAUCCAGUGUCAAAUUCUGAAUGCUCAUUCUAGUACUGCCACUGAUUCUUCACUGGAACAGAUAAUGCAUCUGUGAUUUCUAGCUCUGUCCAUUUUUCAGCCUUGCAUAUUUGUGGAUUAUUAACACCCAACUUCACUAGCAGAGCCAGAAAGUGAAGACUGCUUCAAUGAAAAGCACAGCAAGUUAAGCUUCCCAUACUUACAAAAAAAAAAGGGGGGGGGAGGGGGGGGGGGGAUGAACAGGGCUCGCAAAUACAGUUGACUGAGGUCAUAGAGUAAAAACAUAGAGGUGCCAUUACAUCCUUUUUUCUUCUGUCAUCAUAUUUACAAAGUUCAAUGCUUUGUAAAUAGAACUUGCAAUAAUUGGCUUUGUGUUUAGGCAUAAAGAUGAACUGUGAACCAAUAUAGUAAUAUAGGACUCACAAAGCUACCUGCAGGAAGGCUUGGAAAAAGUGUUCCUAACUUGCAACUAUUUGGAAUUGCCAUCUAGUUUAGAACUACAGAAAUUUGUACUACGUAAUCAAGUAUGUAACUGAAGUUUUGUAGUGCAUAAUCAAGAUCAAGUAUGAAGCUGAAGUUUUGUUAGUAAGGUAGGAGAGACAGCACAUGCUUCUCCAUGCUUCCCUUCAUAAAUUUAAGGCAAUUCUGCUUUUUAAAAGCAAACAAACAAACAAAAACAGAUUGGUCAUAGAUUUCUUCUAGAUUACAGAUGUUGAAAGUAUUGGAAACAAUUUUUCACCACUUAAAAAAAAGAAAUGUACAUUAUUAUUUUCAUAUAUAGUCAGCUCAGUCUUUCCCAAUAUACGAAGAAUUCUGUAAUUAUUAAAUGUAGUAAAAAUAUGAAACACUUUUCUUACUGGUAUGUAAACUAGUUCACUCAGAUCCUGUGCUUCAAUUAUUAAAGAAUCUAUCUGCUCUUCACAAAGAGGUGCAAGAGGUUAAUAAUUCUGUCUGAGCUCUGCUGUAAUAAUCUAGCCGUUUGCAUCUCCAAACUGUUUCUUAAUUCUGAUGAUGCCAUGUAGCACACAUGGUGCCUUUUCACUUACCACAAGAAAGUUACUGUUGUAACAGAAAAGUUCAAAUAUAUCCCUGUUUUUGCUUGACUCAAAAAUAUUAUAUUGAUGUUGUACCUUGAUUCCCGUGGCAAUGUGUUGGUAUGCAAAUUGAAGUAACUGUGAAGGUGAAGCACAUUGUUCAAAUCAUGUUUCUAAUCAAGUUACAAACCCUGGAUGUAUCAUGAAUUGUACAUAUCAUAAAAGACAUCAAAAAACAACA